UUCUGAUAAAACUUGAAAAGAAAAUUUGACACCCCACAAAAAUGACUUUAUUAAUAUCUCAACGCCACGUAUACACGAUCUUAUCCUCUCCUCCAACACCUUCUUAAAAUACAACUAUACAAUGCCUUUUCCUUUUCAAUUCCAAUAUCAAAACCAUCAAAUUUAUCAAAUUCUCUCCUCAUCAACAAUGGCUACCAUUACAAACCUCUUCACUACUCCCUCCCUCACAAUCCGCGCCUCCACGAAUGCCGACACUCCUCACCGGAAAACCUCCUCCAGUAAAUGGUGGACUCCGCUCUUCGGAUGGUCUUCCGACGCCGAUUACAUUGACUCCAAACAAGAAUCAUCGUUCAAAUCGGAGAUUGUUCCGGCGAAACCUAAGUUUACGCCAGGCUGUUUUACCGAAGAAAAAGCGAAGCGAUUGAGAAUUUUGACGAAAGAAAUGGCAUCGUUUCAUGAUGUUAUGUAUCACUCUGCGAUUGCUUCUCGUCUGGCUACCGAUUUCACCGAAAAAUCAAAGUCUGAUGAGAUGUGACGGUUGUUUACUUUUCGUCCACCUUUUUUUUUUUUAUUAAGAUUAAGAUUUAGCGUUUGUAGUGUGGAUUGAUUUCCUGUUGUUUGAAGUUGAUUGUUCUGCAUUAUAAAUUAAAAAAUGUGGACGAAAUCAGGUGCUUGUUCAAAUCUUGAAGCUGUAAUUAUACUAAACAUUUAAUAGUUGUACUUUAUCUUUAGUUUAGCUUUUCUCUUUGAUAUACAA